GGACAAGGUCAUGAGCGGGCGGCAGAGGAGCUGGGACAUGGCUCGGUGGGCUCGGCCUGCUCUUUCCGCCUUCAGGCCCUGGGGCCCGGCAGGGUGGAGGAGUCUCUAUACUGAAGUCACAGAUGUCCUGGGGGAGGGUCAUCAAGGGCCUUCUCCUGGAAGAACGGACAUGGUGGCCACCAGUCUUUGGGGUGUGAAAAAGGCGCCCUGUGCAGUGGAGCUGGCAGUCCUGAACUCUGGCAUUACAGGUGGAAGAAGACCCAUAUCUUUUUCUGCUAGUGCCUCAAGCAUCUUUGGAAGAGGAGGCAACAGUAAGAAGGAGAAGCUUUUUCUGCAGGAUAUAGCGGAGCUGAUCCAAGCCAGAGCCUGCCAGAGGGUGGUGGUCAUGGUGGGGGCCGGCAUCAGCACGCCCAGCGGCAUUCCGGACUUCAGGUCUCCCAGGAGUGGCCUCUACAGCAACCUGCAGCAGUACGACCUCCCCUACCCUGAGGCCAUUUUUGAGCUCACUUUCUUCUCUCACAACCCCAAGCCCUUUUUCACUUUGGCCAAGGAGCUGUACCUCAGGAGCUACAGGCCCAACGUCAUACACUACUUCCUGCGACUGCUUCACGACAAGGGGCUGCUUCUGCGGCUCUACACACAGAACAUCGAUGGGCUCGAGAGAGUAUCUGGCAUCCCUGCCUCAAAGCUGGUUGAAGCUCAUGGAUCCUUUGCCUCUGCCACGUGCACUGUCUGCCGAAGGCCCUUUCCAGGGAAGGACAUUUGGGCUGAUGUGACUGUGGACAGGAUCCCCCGCUGCCCGGUCUGCACUGGCGUUGUGAAGCCCGACAUCGUCUUCUUUGGGGAGGCACUUCCCCAGAGAUUCCUGAUGCAUGUGGUUGAUUUCCCCAUGGCAGAUAUGCUGCUCAUCCUCGGGACCUCCCUGGAGGUAGAACCUUUUGCCAGCUUGUCUGAGGCCGUGCAGAGCUCAGUGCCCCGACUGCUCAUCAACCGGGACUUGGUGGGGCCCUUUGCUUGGCGUCCUCGCAGCAGGGAUGUGGUCCAGCUGGGGGAUGUGGUUCACGGCGUGGAGAGGCUGGUGGAGCUUCUGGGCUGGACAGAAGAGUUGCAGGACCUCAUCCAGCAGGAAACGGAAAAGCUUAACAGACGGGACAGAUAGAGUGAUGCCUGGUCCCCCCCCCCCUCCCCACCCUGGACCAGAAAUGGUUCCAAGGAGUCAGUCACUGCCCACCUCUGAGAAAAGUUUUGGCUGAAUCAGAACCCGUGGCCUGAGGAAGAGUAUGAGGCUGCCUGGGUCCUGAGCUCUGUGCUGACGGAUCAUGUCAUGCUUACGCUGCGGGCCAUCCCAGUCACGGGCACCAAGCUGCCCAGCGCCUUUCUGCUGUUUGACUCUUCAGUCUGCUGAAGCUCUUGAUGCCGAACAAAAGCUUUCUCCUGACAGUGACCCUCUGGAGCUCCAGCGGACCAACGGGAGGCCCAGACUGGAUCUGCUCUGUGUCUGGGUCUCCAUCUGAAGGGCAGGCUCAGCAUCUGUCCGUUAGAAAAACCAUCUCGGGUGGAGUGGCCACAGCCACUCCCAAGGCAUGGUCCUGGGCCCCACGUAAUAGGAUAGGGUCCUGUAGCAUGUUGGCCUCCUUAGUAGGGUUAUUUUUAAUUAGAGAAACUUUGUUCUUCAUUUCUGGCAUGAAAUAAACUCUUUGG